AUGGUUAAAGUUGCUAUUAUUACAUAUUCGUUAUAUGGUCAUAUUGAUUCUUUGGCUGUUAAAGUUAAGGAAGGUGUGGAAAAGGCUGGUGGCCAAGCCGAUAUCUUUAGAGUGGAAGAGACUUUAUCUGAGGAAUUGUUAACUACACUUGCCGCACCAGAAAAGCCAGAUUAUCCAGUGGCCACGUUGCAAACUUUAGAAGAAUAUGACGCAUUCUUGUUCGGUAUUCCAACUAGAUACGGAAACGUUCCUCAACAAUGGUCCACUUUCUGGGAUACUACAGGUGGGUUGUGGCAAAAGGGCUCUUUGAAUGGUAAACCAGCCGGUAUCUUUGUUUCUACUGCUUCGCCAGGUGGUGGACAAGAGACAACGAUCAGAAAUUCAUUGUCUUAUUUGGUCCACCACGGUAUGAUUUUCGUUCCAUUGGGUUACAAGAAUGCCUUUGCCGAGUUGUCCAAUACUGACGAAGUUCAUGGUGGUUCUGCUUGGGGUGCAGGUGUCAUUGCCGCAGGCGAUGGUUCUAGAACUGCUUCUGACUUGGAAUUAAAGGUUGCUGAAAUUCAGGGUCAAACUUUCUAUGAAGUCGCUAAGAAGGUCGCCAGAAAGUCUUCUUCUGGUACCGCUACUGCUGACGCAAAGAAGAAAACUGCUGCAACCGCUGAAAGAAAGUCUGAGAAGCCUGCCGCAGCUGAAAAGAAGAAGAGCGACUCUUGUUGUACUAUUAUGUAA